CGGGCAUGGAGGCCCCGGAGGGAAGCGGGGGCCCCGGAGAGAAACGGGGGCCAAUGACAUCCACGCCCAAAGAGCACCAUCCUCCUCCGGGCCUCCCCGACCGAACUGAUUCAGCAACAUCUUUAGAUAGUGACAGCUCAGGAGAAGACUGGCUUAUAAAAGUUUGCUGUCCAAAAGCCCGGCAUCGAUAUCGUAGAUACGCCCAAGCAAAAAAGCCUACAAAGACUGGAUUCUCACAUUUGGAUAAAGAAGAGGAUUUUAUAGCGCUUGCAGAAUGGAUGCCUAUUACACCUUACCAGGUCUAUCCUGGAGUGCCAAGGCAGGAAAGUACAGACUUGGAGUGGCUCAUAAGACUUCGCUGUCCAAGGGCCCAAAUGGAGCAGAUGAGGGCGGAGCGAAAACAAUCUCUUCCAGCAGUUUCUACACCCUUGAGUAGAUCACCCAGCAAGGCUGGCAGAAGUAUUCAACCUGGAGGGACCAAAGAUUCUGAAAACUGGCUGAAACAUUUUUCCAUUGCGCAGGCUAUAGUUAAUGAAAGACAGGAUGUUGUUGGUUCCACCCAGGCCCUGCUGGAAAAAGAGAACUGCUUUGUGAGGGAAGUAGACAGGUAUUUGAAGCACAAUGAUUUCUUAGCUCUAAGGAGGAGGGAAAUGCUGUACAAGAAGUGGUUUGAGAAUGUUUCAAGCCCGCUACUACAGAAAAUUCAGGACAAAGUUGACAACCAGUCAAGUGAAGAAAUAGAGGAAAGGAAGCGAAAGCAGCUCUCCCUUUAUCUAAACUACUGUAAUAAGAAGGGCAGUGCAUUUUUAGAAAGCUAUAAUACUUCCUCCUAUGAUCCUUUCUUUCUGAAGUGUUCUACAGACACUUGCAAGGUUUCAGUUCCACCUUUAUACGAUCCCUUGUUAAAGGAGAUACGAGAAAGAUACCUUGAGGCUGGCAUUAUUCAGCAGUGUGACACAGGAAAAGUAUUUUCCUCCAAAGAGAUGAAUGAGCUCCAUAAGGCAGAACUGCCACUCCUUCCGUUGAGUCGGCAACUUAUGAAUCCAAUAGAGUGGUUAAAAAUUCCAGCUGGGUACAUAGAAAGUGAGAGUCGUCAAAAGAGCCGGAAGGCACAUAUGAGAGCUAGGGAAGGUAAAGAGCAAGCGAGAACACGAAAGAAGAACAAUAUCCUAGCCAGGAGCCCUGAGAGGAACCUGCUCCCCAGUCUGAAGCACGGACUGGUCUUGGCCUAACCCCACUCCUCCUGCCAGCAUUAUAGCCAUCUGCCUUCUAAGACGAGGGAAGGAGAUGGCCCACUGAAGAUGAUUUUCCAACCACUCCACCCCUAAUAGAAUAGCUAUGUGUUGUUCACCGGUGUAUCUACACAUUAACAAGGUUUUGUUCUCAAUGUCAAUGAAGUGGAAAGGGAAUGUUAGAGUACUGGUCCGUUUGCCAUUUUACAUUUUAUUUUGAGUGUCACACAGUCUCAACACAGCAGUGUACAACUGUUGCAGCAGCAGUAAGCAUUAGUGCCUGAUAAUGGUCUAAUUUCAUUCUGUUAAAAGGAGAAAAAUGUGCACAUCUAGAAACCUGACUUCUGUGGAAUUCAAGAGGUAGGGGGACCCGUCCUGGCUUCUGCUGAACGAGAGAUGGCUCUGCCAGGAAACCAGAUUUCACCCGCAUGCCCAGUCUUUUGACAAAUCAGAUACUAACUGGCUCAUCAGUUUGGAAACCGGCAAUAAAAUCUGCUUCCCAAUGA